GCGCCAGUCGACCACGUGAUCGCGGGCCGAGUUGUCAGAUGAGCACGUCGUGGUCCGACGCGAUAACGUAGUUGAUAAAAGUUACGAUGCGCGUUCGUAUAAAUAUGCGAUAGCCUCGCCCAGCGACCAUCUGGACAGCCAUUCCUGUUCAUCGAUUCUGCUGGACGUCGGUGACCACGACAGGGUGGAGGCCGGAACGCACACCGUGCCGCAAGGCUGUACGCAACACAACGAACAACAUGGCGGAAUCUGGUAGCGCUAAGCCAUCCACCAUGAAGUCUUACUUCUGGCGAUCUAGAGAUACACUAAAAGUGCCAAUGUCACUUUUUCGCGAUAAUCGCGAGCGCCUCGUCUCGCGUCUCCGAGCGAACAGCGAGGUCUCCGCCGCGGGCACUUUCGUCGUCCUUCAGGGUGGCGAGGAUGUUCCUUUCAACGACACGGACAUAAACUGGCCCUUCAGACAGGAGUCGUUCUUCCAAUGGUGCUUCGGAGCGGAGGAGCCAGGAUGUUACGGCGCUCUCGACCUGGCCGCCGGCACCUCGAUCCUCUUUGUACCGAGGUUACCGGCCGAAUAUGCGGUUUGGCAGGGCAAGCUGUAUACUCUGGACGACUUCAAGAAGCGAUACGCCGUGGACGAGGCUCGCUACACCGACGAGAUAGCGCGCGUGCUGAAGGAAAAGCGAGCGCACCUUUUGCUCACAUUGAGCGGCAGAAACAGCGACAGCGGACUGUUGGCGCGCGAAGCGGUUUUCGACGGCAUCGCCGAAUUCAAGGUGAACAAUAGCAUCUUGUAUCCGGAAAUAUGCGAAUGUCGAGUGAUAAAGUCGCCCGGAGAGAUCGAGGUACUGCGGUACGUGUGCAAGAUCAGCUCGGAUGCGCACAAAGUUGUAAUGCGCACCGUGCGUCCUGGAAUGGUGGAAUACCAAGCGGAAGCAGCGUUCUGCCACCAUGUAUACUCCACGGGAGGAUGCAGACACGUGUCUUACACAUGCAUCUGCGGAUCCGGGCACAAUUCGUCCAUAUUGCAUUACGGUCACGCCGGCGCUCCAAACAGCAAAGUUAUGCAAGAUGGAGAUAUGUGCUUGUUCGACCUAGGCGGCAACUACUGCGGAUACGCAGCUGAUAUCACGUGCAGUUUUCCAAUCAACGGCAAGUUCACCGAGGACCAGAAACUGAUCUAUAACGCGGUGCUGAAGGCGCGCGACGCUGUGAUCGCGGCCGCGAAGCCGGGAGUCGCCUGGACGGACAUGCAUCUGCUGGCGAAUCGAGUUAUGUUGACGUCGCUGAAGGCGGGCGGUUUGCUGGUGGGCGACGUCGAGGACAUGAUAAAAGCGGGCCUGAAUGAGAUCUUCCAGCCGCACGGGCUGGGCCAUCUGUUGGGAUUGGAUGUCCACGACGUCGGUGGUUAUCUGUCGUGUCAUCCUGAACGCUCGAAGGAACCGGGACUGAGGAAGCUGAGGACCGCCCGCACUUUGCUCGCUGGGAUGGUUCUCACGGUAGAGCCGGGCUGUUAUUUCGUCGACUGCUUACUCGAUGCGGCUCUGGCCAAUCCCGAUCAGGCCAAGUUCCUCGUGGCGGAGCAGCUGAAAAGAUUCCGCGGUUUUGGCGGCGUCAGAAUCGAGGAUGACGUUCUCAUAACGGAGACGGGAGUGGAAAACCUGACAUUCGUGCCGCGCACGGUCGAAGAGAUAGAGAAGGAGAUGCGGCGUUAAUAAUUGGCGGAUAUUCGCGUAAAGCCCGUAUCCAGACUACGGAGAUUGAGAUUGAGUAUUGGAUUGAAAUUUAACCAAUCAGCGCUAAGUUUACUAUAUUUGGGAUUAUUUUCUUUCUUCCAAUUGAUGGCAAAUUUCAAUCCAAUCUCAAUUCCAAUCCAUAGUCUUCAUGGGAUCCAAUAUGCUUCAUGGGACAGUGAGAGAGAAAGAGAGAAAGUUACCGCCUAUGCCUGAUAUGUAUCGAAUAUUUACACAACUCGAUUGUGAUAUUAGAAAAGAAAAGAAAGAUAUAUAUAUAUAUAUUUGUACAAUUUCUCGCAUGUGACGACAUAUAUUUUUCUACCGUUGACUACCAUUAUUGUACAUAAUUUUAAUUGUACAUAAUAAAACAAAGGCUGAGACGGCGCGUCUGUGAUGGCACGUCGCAUCACCACCGUUGCGGCGUUGCGAUACGUUGGAUCGA